UCUUCAAUUCGUAAAAACCGUAGGAGAAUUGAUUUGAUAUUUAAAACUUUUUCUUCAAUAUUAUUUAGAAGGAAAUUAAAAGUAAAAAAAAAAUAAAAAACCCUCAGUUUGCAAUACAUUAACGUUUUGGGGUUCUGUUCUUAUCGACCUUUCCAAAUCACACGAGGAGUUGCAGCAGCGGAGCAAAGAGUUGCAGGAAUGGCGGCGAAAAGGAAGUCCCCAGUCAAGAGUCGAAACCCAGAUCUUAUACGUGGAGUAGGAAAGUAUUCCAGGUCUAAGAUGUAUCACAAGCGUGGCCUUUGGGCUAUCAAGGCCAAAAAGGGCGGCGUUCUGCCUCGCCAUGACCCCAUUCCUAAGGCCCCCGCCGCCGCCGAGAAGUCACCGAAGUUUUACCCUGCUGAUGAUGUCAAGAGGGCGCUUCUUAAUAAGCGCAAGCCUAAACCCACCAAACUCAGAGCGAGCAUUACUCCAGGGACGGUGUUGAUUUUGUUGGCUGGGAGGUUUAUGGGCAAGAGAGUUGUUUUCUUGAAGCAACUUACUUCUGGACUCCUUUUGGUUACUGGACCAUUCAAGAUUAAUGGUGUUCCUUUAAGGCAAGUGAACCAAUCCUACGUUAUUGCUACUUCCACCAAGGUUGACAUCUCAGAAGUUAAUGUAGAUAAGUUUGAUGACAAGUACUUUGCCAAGGAAGUAGAAAAGAAGAAGAAGAACGGUGAGGGAGAGUUUUUCGAAGCUGAAAAAGAGGAUAAGAAGACACUGCCAGAUGACAAGAAAGAAGACCAGAAAGCCGUUGACGCAUCUUUGAUAAAGUCAAUUGAGGGAGUCCCAGACUUGAAGGCCUACCUUGUUGCCAGAUUUUCUCUCAAGUCCGGCAUGAAGCCUCACGAGCUUGUCUUCUAG